CCUCCUCGCCAGGGAAGAGUUAAUGGAACUUGGCACCCAAAUGCUUCCUGGUAUGGGCCAAUCCGAGCGAACAAAGGUUUGGCUCUGAGUUUCCACUAAGGCAACAGGUGGGGGAAAGUGUUUACUCCAGGUAGUAGUUUUCAUUGCAUUUAUUUUCUCUCUCUCUCAAGAAGUCCCUACAGGCGAGGAAGCCCAGAAAGGGCAAAGGCACAGGGGGAAUAUGCAAGCAAGAUCUCCUUGUACAUGAAGCACCAAUAACCAGGCCCGUGAAUGAACGGGGAACGUUUGGGAGCCUAGAAGGUGCUGCUGUCGCAGCCGGCCGUUUUAUACCCGAACCGGCUCAUUCAAUGCCACUGACCUGUGCCUCAAUUUCCAUAUCUUGCCAUGGCCAAGUUAGAGACCCUCUCCGUCCUUAGUGACCCCAGCUACCACAGCCAGGAGGCGUUCCACCCCUUUGAGCCCAGGCGCUCUGAACCCGCCUCCCAAGGCACUAUGGGAAGUGUUGGCAGCGGUGUCGCCAAUGAACAAGAGUUUGCCAUGAAGAGUGUAGGCACCAGGACACAGAACAGCAGCCGGCAGGUCGAUGGGUCCCGGAAUAGCUACUCCACGAGAGAGAUCUCCAACCGCUACUCUGGGGAGGAGAAGACGUACAAGUCAGAAAAGAUCUCCAACUCCAUAUUCAUCAACGGGGACUUGCGCAAGAGCGAGAAGGUGAAGGCGGACCUUUGCGGGAACGUAGCAGCCAACAACGAGAAGAACAUGCCGCCACCUCCCCAGUACAGAGAACCCAGUAACCCACCAAAGAUAUUGCCAAUCUCUGGUAAACUAGACCAGAGCAACGAGCCCUUAGUUAGACCGUCAGCCUUUAAACCAGUAGUUCCUAAAAACUUCCAUUCCAUGCAGAAUCUGUGCCCGCCCCAGAACAAUGGAAUAUCGGAGAAUCGCAAGACACUGAUCCACACCAACAGCAAUAGCCCUUCCACUGUCAAAAGCGGCCACGAGAAGCCCAGCCAUAACAGGACUACCAACCAGGCCGGUGGCCUCUCUGAUUCUGGCCGCAACUCUUUGACAAGCUUGCCAACCUACGGCACGGGCUAUAGCCAGCACGUCGGCCCGAUGAGCGCUUCAACCAGUCACAUAAACCGCAUCGGGACGACCUACGCGGACAAGAACAUGGUGGGCUACAAUGGGAUAUCUACCUCAGACAGCGGACGGUCUUCCAGUAAGAGCACGUCUUCGUUCAGUAGACUCAACCAUCUCAACGAAAGCAUGCCUUUCCACUCUCCUUCAACAGACGACAUCAUCCAAGACUUGGAAGACAGGCUGUGGGAGAAAGAGCAGGAGGUCCUCCAAAUGAGGAGAAACCUCGACAAGAGCGAGGCGGCCAUUUACCAGGUCUUUGAGGAGAAGCAAAAGAUCUGGGAGCGUGAGAUGGAGGAUCUACGGCAAAAUUAUGCCAAUAAACUGCAGCAGGUCUCGAAGAAGGCUCAGAGGGCCCAACAGGCUCUGCAGCUCCAGAUCUUUAAGCUCCAGCAAGAGAAGAAGAAGCUCCAAGAUGACGUGGGACAGCUCCUUCAGCAACGGGAAGAGCUGGAGAAGAAAUUUGUCGCUUUCAAGAAGGAGCAGGCUGAGUUUCUUCCCAAGAUCGAAGAGACCAAGUGGGAGGUGUGCCAAAAGGCAGGCGAGAUCUCCCUGCUGAAGCAGCAGCUGAAGGACUCCCAAGCUGACGUCUCCCAGAAGCUCAACGAGAUCGUCGGGCUGCGGACCCAGCUGAAGGAAGGCAAGAGCUUCCUCCGGGAGAAGGAAGAGCAGAUCUUGACCCUGAAGGACUCCUUCAGCACCAAAAGCGUCAGCUUGGAGAUCUGUGAGAGCGAGCUGCAGCGGAAGAUGGGCGAGGUGCAGAUGCUGCGGGAGCAGCUUAGCCAGUGCGAGCUGGAGGUCUCCAACCUGAAGCAGACCUUGACCAGCCUGGGGGGCCACCACAGCCCCUUCAACGCCGAGCUGACGGAGAAGCUUGCGAGGGACACCUUGGCCUGCGAGAGCGACGAGGCCAAGAUGAAACGGCAGAGCGAGGAGAGCCUCAGCGCCCUCAAGAAAGAGGUGGAGCGGCUGCAGGCCGAGCUGAAGGCGGAGCGCCAGCAGCGGGAGCAGCAGGUGGUGGACUUUGAGGAGGAACGCCGCACGUGGCAGGAGGAGAAGGAGAAGGUCAUCAAGUACCAGAAGCAGCUGCAGCUGAACUAUGUGGAGAUGUAUCAGAAGAACCAAAUCCUGGAGCACAAGGUCAACGACAUGGCCAGCAGCAAGGUCACCAGCCCGCCGCACACCGACGAGAAGAAGUCGUGGACUCCAUCCAGGUUGGAGAGGAUAGAGUCCACCGAGAUCUAAGGACGGAACCCAGGCACCGAAAGUACGUUUUGCCCCUCGUUCCCCGUCUCAUUACUGUGCAUGUACUUCAGCCAGCGGAGGCUGGCGGCUCCGAUGUCCGUGGGGCGGAGAAUCCUCUCUGGGUUUCAGCCAGAACCAGUCGGAGUUCUAAAGGACCUAUGCAAGGUUGCAUAGCUCCUUUAGAACUCUGACUGGUUCUGGCUGAAACCCAGAAAGGUUUUGCCUCCCCAUGGACAUCGGAGCCACCAGCCUGCACUGGCUCCAUCCGGCGACCCUUCCAAAAGGAGACUAGGAUACACAAUCUAACCAGCAGUGAACAUUCCUUUGCACUGGGCCCUUCACAACGUGUUUUGGUGCUCUACAGGUUGCUAAAAGAAAAUAACCACAGGUGUGCUUUUUGUGUUCUAGAGAUGGUUCUGACAUCAAAGGUAUUUGCAGUUUUUUGUUGGGGUGGGGUGUGACUGUUUGUUUUUAGGGUUUUUUCCUAGCUCCAUUGACCAGAGGGAUCAACCCCUCCCUCUACCAACGCUUUUAUCUUCUUCUAAUGCAGGUAGCCAAAAAAAAAGCUCUUCCUCCACCGGAGCAUUUUUUGCCAUAUUUGCCGGAGGGGGGCGAGGAGUUAUAAAUGUCAUGAAAACAUGGCACAGGCAAGCUUGCCUCAUCUUUGCCUUCCCCAACGGGGUGUUGGACUGCAGUUCCCAUCAUUCCCAUCUGGGAAUAAUGGGAGGUUUAGUCCAGCACCUCUGGAGGGCAGCAGGUUGGGGAAGGUGGCAUCUCUGCAUCACAAAAUUGGGUUGAUAGUGACUCCUUCUCUCCAGGGA